CGAUUCCAACAUUUUGUAACUUCAAUGUCAGUUUUCAAUUUAACAAAAAUCUAAAAAAAAAUUAAAUUCGACCAUGAACUGACGAGUACGGAGAAUGUCGUACAUCAGCAAAAAGGGGCGUGCCUUCUGCAACCCGGAGGCAUGUCCAACUCCCCACGAAGUACGAUCAGAAGGCCGUUUGAAACGCUACUCGUCGUCCCAUGAUCCACGUAAUUGGUGCUACACUGUCGAAGACCGGCGCAAACACAUCCUCGAGCUAUUGCUUUACGGCAGACAUUGCAAAGCUAGUUCGUUACUUUCAAUUGAAGACAUCCUUCGGCUCUUCACCAAAGGAUAUUUGGACAAUCUUAGACGACUCACUUGUGUCGCCACGCAGUUGGUAAAUCUUCUGGAGGGAAUACCUCUGGAUGACUGGCAGAGAAAAAAUUUAGACAAAUUGAAAGGAGUAGUCGAAUUCAUUGUUAACCCACAACCUGGCCAGAAACCUUUGGAACCGUGUGGCAGUGCUGGUGAUUCAUUAGACACACAAGGGGAAGAGGAAGGAAUAAAACCGGAAGAUGGUAAACCUGGAAGGGGUGCCGGAGGAAAAACCAAGGGAAAAGGUCCUGGUAAAGGCAAAAGUGGACAGGGUUUGGGUGACGAAGGUGAUGAUCUUGAUAAAGAAAGAAAAGGAAAGGGUGGACUAGAUAAAGAUAAAAAGAGUGGAGUUGGAAAGGGACCGGGUAAAGGAAAAGGUGGAAAAGGUUCUGGUAAAGACAAAGAUGGAAAAGGUUUACCCGAAGACGAAGAUGAAGACAGUUUACGCGGAGUCAUUGAGGGAGACGGUUUACCCGGAGACAAAGAUGGAAAAGGUUUACGCGGUGCCAAAGGUGGAAGAGGGUUACCUGGAGACAAAGAUGGAAAAGGUUCACGCGGAAAGAAAGAUGGAAGGGAUAAAACAGGAAACGGUUCGGACGAAGAUGAAGACGAAGAUCUUAAGGGUUCAAGCAGAGGUAGAGAUGCAGGUAAAGGCAAAGGCAAAGGUGGAACAGAUUACGAUAAAGACGGAGAAGAUGGCGAUUUGGAUGAAGAUGAUACAGGAGAUAAUUUAGAAGGAAGUAAAAAAGGAAAAAGUGGUAUUAAAGGCAGAAGUGCUGGGUAUCCUGGGAAAAGUAAGGGCGGAGAUGAAUCAGAAGAGGACGAAGAGGGCUUAGACGAUGAAGGGAAGGGUAGAAGAGAUAAAGAUAAAGAUAAAAAGAGUAGAGAUAGAGGUAAAAAGGGAAUGGGUGAAGAAUGUGAUAAAACCACUUGUGAGUACUUGCAGGACACAUCGGAUGAUGAGUACAGGAGCACCAAAUCGGCAUUUAGUUCCUACGUUAGUUCAAGAACUUCUUCUCCGGCGAGAGUUACCACUAGAAUUGAUGCAGACGCAGAGUGCACUGACAUCCAAGUAAUAAGCAAGUCUCGUGACAAAAUUGUUACAAAAAUCUACAAGGGACGUGAUGGCAAAGGAGGGCCUGGUAAAAGAAUGGGGACCAAAAAAGGGUCACCCAUUGAUGGUGAUGAAGAUGAUCUUGGCGACGAUGACACUGAAUUAUUAGGUGGAAGAAAGGGAGCGAAAGGAGGGCCUGGUAAAAGAACGGGCACCAAAAAAGGUACACCUGUUGAUGGUGAUGAAGAUGAUUUUGGCGGCGAUGAUAUUGACUCUCUAGGUGGAAUAAAGGGAACAAAAGGAGGCAAAGUAGGAGAUGGUAAAGAUGGCAAACCUAGUGGCAAAGGGGGUAAAAUGGCAAAAGGUGGGGACGGUUAUGAUGAUGAUGAUAAUGAUGAUGCUGAUGAUCAAUCCCCUGGAGGAAAAAGGGGAGCAAAGGGUAAUAAAUCCCCUGGUGCUAAAAAGGGACCAAGAAGUGCAAGGGGCGGUGAUUAUGAUGAUGAUGGUGAACCGGGGAAGAAGUCGAAACGCGGUAAAGGUGAUGACGAUAAUGAUGGUGAUGAUGACGUUGAUCAAUCACCUGAAGGAAAAAAGGGACCAGAAGGUGCUAAAAAGGGAGCAAGAGCUGCAAAAGGUGAUGGUAAAUCAGGCAAAAAGUCAAAAGGCGGUAAAGGUGAUGACGACGAUAAUGACUAUGACGAUAAUGAUGUCGACAAAUCAUCUGAGACUUUAGAUCCCAAUGAUGAUAAAUAUUUAUGUAAAAUUGGUCCAGCUUUUUAUUGUAGUCAUGUCAAUAAAGGAGGAAGAUCCAAAUCGUCUCCAGGCACUAACAAAGAUGACGGAAACGGCAAAAAUGCUGGUGGUACUCGUAAUAAAUCUAGGCAAAGACGCGGCAACACUGUAUCUCCUAGUACUUACAAAGGUAACAAUAAAAAAGAAAAAGAGUCAUCACCAAAGAAGAAAACUAAACCAAUGGAUGAUGUCGAAAAUACGGACACAGAUUAUUCUGAAAUGGAGAGUAUGUAUGCUCCGCGCUCUCCUGGAAAAUCUGCCUCGGCAAGAAAUGCAAAGAAAAACAAAAUACAUCUCAAAGUAGCAAGAAAAACUACAUCGAUGAGAGACAAUCUAUCGUCAGACGCUUCGAAAUCGUCUACUCUGUCCACCCCUGAGAAGCAGAAAAUGCCACCUCUAGAGCAAACACCUUAUUGGAAUAUAAAUCAGUAUGAUCUUUGUGGAAGUGAGUGUUUGAACAAAAUAAAAAGUAGAGAAGAUGCAGGAAUUGAUACAUUACUGGAUAAUGGCGACAUGUCAACAGAACAGUUGGUACAGAAACAAUUAGAAUUGUUGAGAAGUUGUUGCGAUAAGUUACAGCUUGUCGAAGAACAUAAACGCUGUACAGCUCUGCCCACUCCCAUUACCACACAAUUAACUCAAAUUCGCACCAGAGUGGGUAGCAUAGAAAAACUUAACCAGGAUUCUGAAAUGCUGACAGAGAAGGUAAAGAAUUUGGAACGGGAAUUGGAACAGUACCGAAGCUUACCAAGUCAAUUGACAGAUUAUCAAAACAAGUGCGAUCUUCUGUGUCGCGUCUCGGAAGAACGAGACAAUUUGCUGAACGAGGUGGACAGAUUGAAGGCUGCCAAUAAGGAUUUAAGGGAGCUCGAGAAAAAUGCUGAACGCACCAAAGAAUUGGAACUGCAGUUAUUGGACCUGGCGAAGAGGGAGAAUCAAGAGCUGGUUAAUACUAAAGCGUCCUUAGAAAGUUGCCGAGCAGAUAUAACGAGACUUCAGAAAGAAAAUGAAGAAUUACAAGUGAAUUUAAUCAAUCGCGAUAAAGAAUUAGAUAAAGUCGAUUUGCUUCAGAAGCAAAAUGAACUUAAUGAAAUGGAGAAACGAGCUUUGGAGAUAAAGAUUAUCGAAAUGUCGAAGGUACAAGAAGAACAUGAGGAAUUGUUGGACAAAUUAGAUAAUUUAGAAGAAAUAAAGAACGAAAGGGACUUAUACAAAGAGAAAUGUGAAGAGUUAGUCAAAUUUGAAAUGCAGAACGAAUUAAUGCAAGCACAGCUGGAUGCUGCGAAGAAAAUGGGUUUAGAACGAGAUGAGUUGGCCGAAAAUCUUUCAUCCAUGCAGGCGCAAAUAAUUGAUAAAGAUAACGAAAUCACGUAUCUCAAAUGUGAGUUGGAGAAGAUGGAGUCAGAAUACAAACAAGAGAUAGAAAGACUAAAGAUUGAAAUUGAAAAGUUACGCAGCCAGUUGGAGCUUUCGAGUGGGGAUUCAGAUAAAAAUUCAAUUCUCCCAAAAAUUCAAUUGUUAGAAAAAGAUUUGCAGGAAACAAAAGCAUGUCUAGAAGAAAAAACUAACCAAGUGAAAUGUCUUCAAACUUUGGUUAAAAGUGGAAACGAUCCCUCCCUAAUGAUGGAAAUGAAGAAGGAGUUAGAGAUGGCUCAAAAUGAGAACAAGAAGUUGCAGGAAAUUGCCACCAAAAUGGUUUCUAUAACUGGAGAUGAACAUGUGCAGCAGAUGCUCAAACAAUCCGAAUAUGCAGUAAAAAAAGUUGUAGAAGAACUGGGAAAGCAGUACCAGCAUUGGGACUGUAGCAAAAUUAGAGGAAGAAAGAGAUCACACUCAUCAGUUGCGUGCACUUCAUCGGCUAAGCCAAGACAGAACAGAAGCGCUUCGCAAGAAAAAGAAAAAGCUCUUAUGUCACAUUUGUUCAAGUUCAAGGAAAAAUGGAAUGAUGUGGGCAAGUCUAAAAGCAAACACUGUCACGUGUAUUUGAAGAGGGAAUUGGAGGAAAUAAUGGAGCAAAAGAUUAAAUUGGAAAAGAGGCUCAGAGCGGAAAUGCAUAAACGAGUCAGCCUUGAGGAAAAAAUGAAAAGCCGGUCUAAUAGUAUGCAUUGUAUUUGUUGAUAAAUAAAUGAAUGUCAAAUUAU